ACUGUCACAGGCCUUUAAUCACUGGCUGAAUGUUCCAGACGAUAAAAUACAGAUCCUUAAAUAAGUGCCUUGGACUGCAGAUUUCUCACAAUGACUAGUAGUGUGCCUGCUGAUGUGCUUGGUCGAAGAAUCCUGUGUGAUACAGAAUAUGCAACUGUGCGGUAUGCUGGUAGUGUUCCUCCCACAACAGGACUUUGGCUUGGAGUAGAAUGGGACAAUCCUCAAAGAGGAAAGCAUAACGGCAGCCAUGAAGGAGUACAGUAUUUUAAAUGCGGUCACCCUACAGGAGGAUCCUUUAUCCGCCCAAACAAGGCAAAUUUUGGUGUGGAUUUUCUUACUGCAGUAAAGAACCGCUAUGGAUUGAAUGAUGAGCAAGAUGUUGAAUGUGAGAAAGAGAAUGCAUUAGUCAUUGGAAAGAAGACUGUGGAACUUGUUGGUUUUGAUUCUAUUAUAGAACAACAAAGUCAACUGAACAAAUUGUUAGAUAUCUCAGUGAGAGAAUGUGCAGUGAGCCAUGCUGGUCAGAAAGAGGAAAUCAGCAGAACGUGUCCUAAUAUCAGGAGUAUAAAUCUAUCAAAAAAUCUGUUGCCAUCCUGGGAGAAAGUAACAGAUAUUGCUUGUCAAGUUCAGAAUCUGGAAAGUCUUGAUCUCAGUGAAAACAAGAUGAAAUUUCCAUCUGAUUCUGCUUCUAUAACCUGUACACUUGGUAAAUUGAGGGUUCUGGCACUUAAUCGAAUUGGAGUAACAUGGGCAGAGGUUCUUCUGUGUGCUCCGGGGUGGCCAGCACUUGAAGAAUUGUACCUUGCUUCUAAUGAUAUUACAGUUUUAGAAAGACCCAUUAAUGUUCUACAGACCUUGAAAUUGUUAGACCUUUCAAACAACCAAUUAAUUGAUGGAAGUCAACUGCAGCUAAUAGCAUAUCUCCCCAGAUUAGAACAACUAAUUCUUUCAAACACUGGAAUUUCUUCUAUACACUUUCCUGAUGGUGGAUUUGGACGCAAGACUAAAAUGUUUCCUUUAUUACAACGUCUUGCAGUAGAUGACAAUAAAAUAUCACAAUGGUCAUUUAUCAAUGAGCUUGAUAAGCUUCAAUGUUUGCAGUCACUGCACUGUCAGAAUAACCCUUUGAUGGGCACAGAGAAGAGCCCAGAGACCGUGAGGCAGCUUAUCAUUGCCAAAAUAGGCCAAUUAAAGGUUCUGAACAAAUCUGAGAUCUUUCCUGAUGAAAGAAAGGGAGCAGAGCUUGACUAUCGCAAAAUGUUUGGCAAUGACUGGAUAACGGCUGGUGGAAAUCAGAAUCCAGACAAAAACAGACCAAAUGAGGAAUUUCUUGCUGCUCAUCCUAGGUACCAGUUACUCUGCCUUAAAUAUGGUGCUCCUGAAGAAGGUGAACUGAAACGACAACAGCCUUUCAUUCUGAAAAAUCAGCUGCUAACUUUGACAAUUAAAUGUCCAGACAAACCUGAUCAGAAACCUAUAGAGAAGAAACUACCAGAUUCUAUGACUAUUCAGAAGGUCAAAGGCUUGCUGUAUCGUCUACUUAAAAUUCCUGGUUCAGAACUGAAAUUGUCCUACGAAAGUUCUAAAAUGGAAGGCAAAGAAAUUGAACUAGAAAAUGACCUAAAGCCCUUGCAGUUUUAUUCUAUAGAAAAUGGAGACACUAUGUUAGUACGGUGGUAACCUUUUUUUUUUUAACUGGUCUCUUCUGAAGAUGCACAGUGCUGUUCAGCCCAAGCCUACCCCAGAAGAGCAUCUACAAUUUCUACCACUCUUCCUGUACGUAUUUAACGUGGAUUUCAUAAACAGGGACAGAGGCCUAUUUGAAAUGAUGCUUGUAACUCCUGCAUGUAUAUUUUUAAAAAAAUUAGUACCUGUGAGUUUUA